AGCCUGUAGCAUGUAAGCCUAACCACGAGGCCCGCACUCGAACCAAUAAUACGUACCGAACCCCGCUUCACGUAUGCGCUUGCGAAAUCGUCGCGACCCGCGAACACGAUCUGCGCAGAGCCGCUGGUCGCCGGUCGCCAAGCUGGGAUGGAGGAAUGCAGCCUGCAUGCCGUGAUCAAGACCCCCGCUCUAUCGUCCCUCACGACGCAGCUAUCCGUCGGAUGGUUUUUCGGUUCGUCAUUUAUAGCAUGCAACCUACCGGCCGUACCCAGAUCAUGACAAUCAGUGCACUGUACAUACAACUGUCCCGACUGCGGUCUCGGUGCUGCGCUCGCUGCAGAACCGGAUCGUUGCAUGUCCGCCGCCUGGGCUUUCCAAAGAAAGGUGUCCAUUGGAUGGAUGGUUUCUAUUGGAUGAAAUCUUCGGAGUCCUCAAACGCUAUCCGCCGAGUGACAGAUGACAACCCCGAUUACAUGAAUAACACUAUUGAGCGAGUGAUCGAGAAUGACACCAGCUCGGACGACAUACCUAGUGCAAAUUGCACCCCUUUUCGCUCUAUACGUCUCGUUGCCCGGCUCUCAGUGUGGACGUCCUCGGCCUCUGUGUGUAGCAGCUUGGUCAGGAGGAAAGUCAUACGACACAUCGCACUUGAAAACAAUCGAGAUUUGAGGGAGGAUGAAACGAGGCUUGGGCGCGAGGAAACAGAAAAUUAUCUGUGUGCGAGCGGUCAGGAAAGAAGGAGGCGACGGAAACAAAGAUUCGGAUCCGCUCGUAAGAUGGAAGAGGCGCGAAGAUGCACGCGGAAGUGGCGUGCUAGAAGUGACGAUCAAGCUGGAGGCUGGAGCUGAAGUCGGGCUGGAAAUGCAGCAAUGACUAGGCGACGCCCGAAGGCUGCGGAGGCUCUGGGGAUACAGGCGCAGGCACGAAGUGCGGUGGCGGCCGCUAUUCGGCAGGAGGAAGAGGCGAGCGAGCGGUUGGUGGACAAAGCCAA